UUUAAUAAGAAAUGGGAGAAAUUGGCGAUGUCUUGAGGGCACAGCAAAGUAUUUUAUCGAAAAAAGCACAAGCAUAUUCUAAAGUAUUUCAAAACAAAGGAACUUCUGAGGAAAAGAGAAUUAAAGUUAUUCAUGCGCUUCUAUAUGAUGUUAUCGCUGAAAACAAAAAUCGUUCUGGCACUAAUAUUUCUAAAAUAGUUUUAACCUGUGUACGAUAUCUUAUUCAAAACUGGAAGAUUAUCGAAGAUACAAAAGCAAUACAGCUUGAUGUUUUAAUUAAUGGAGCAUUUAAGCGAGCUUUGGAAGUAAAAGAAGAUAAUGAAUAUAUAAAACAACUUGUUGAUUGCAUUCAGGAUCUCAUUCCACUACCUGGUGGAUGCUCAAAAAAAGUAUCUGAUUGGAUCGCUUAUAAGUUGAAAAAUUUUUACAAAAAUGACAUCAAAUGCAGAUGCCCAAAGGAUUGUGAAGUGGUGAAAUGUUUUGAAAUGGAAUUGCUUUCUUUGUGUAUAAGCAGCAGCUCUGGGUCAACUUCCGAAUUUGAAUUGAUAAGUAAUGUUAUGAUUACAUCAGAAAAACAUUUGAGUCGAUCUAACUUCUCAGACAGUCAUGUGAAAUGUGUCGCAAAUACAAGUAUGAAUUUUCUUCUCAAUUCUAAAAUAAGUGAAAAUAAUAAGUCGAGUUCACAGUUUCAAACACUUUUGAAAAUGAUUGAAAAUAUCAUUCUUCUUAAUAAUGGUAAAAAUGAGCAGUCUGAACGAAGAAUCAGUGAACAUAUGGAGAAUAUUGAAACUUCCGUAUCAACUCUACAAAGUUUAAACAAAAAGUCUGAACAAUCUGAUACAAAUGGACAUACAAAAGUGUACCUGGCUAUUUUUAAAUGUUAUUUAACAAUGGUAACAAAUAUCGAAGGAAAAAUAAACGGUUCUUUGAAAAAUAUUGUGAAAUGUAUCAACAUGUUUUCUAAUUUAACAAAUGACACAAAGAGUCUUGAAGUUUUGAACAAAGUUGUGAAUUUUUAUUACUUUGCUUUUAAAAUUACAACAACUGAUUGUAUGAAAAUGAUUUUAGAAGACCUCAACGUUCUUUUGGAAAGGAAUGUGGAAAUAUUAUCUUUAAAGGAUAAUAUAUUAGAUUCAGUUUUAUAUUUCCUAGAAAUUGUGAUGAGAAUAUGUGCUGCUGGGAUCAAUUUUAAAGGAACAGAUAAUUUUGAUUCUUCUGUUGAAACCGUUGCUCAAAAUUUGUUCAAUUGUAUUUUUGAGUAUAAAUUUGAAGAUAGCGGUAAAACAAGUGCUUUGUUCACCAAUGUUGCCAUUGUUCUUGUAAAAGUAAAAAGAAAACUGUUAAAGAAUUUAUCGGCAAUGAAAAUUGUAGAAAAAUCGCUCGUGAAAGUUCAAUAUUCUGUCGCAAAACCAUUGAUAAGUCAUUGGGUGAAAGCUAAACUAAGAGAAAGUAAUUGCUUAGAUGGAAAAAAGCUGGAGCAAUUCAAAAAACGAACUAUAUUGCAUGAAAUCAAAAAUUCAAUCUCAAAACAAUCUAUGGAAGAAAUUCUUCUGGCAGAACUUGAAAUAUACCGUUCAAUAAAUAACACAGAAAUGGAGCAAUUAUCUGUUAUCAACACGAUUUCGAAUCAAUGUCAUCUGCAAAUGAGGAGAAAAGCAUUAUUAUCGUGCAACAAAAUAGAAUUAGAAUAUGAGCUGGGGGAAUGUAGUGAACACAAUUUUAAAACAAUUUAUCCUUUAUGCAAGCCAGAUUCUGAAACAUGGGAAUGUUAUGUUCAAGUCAAAUUAAUUGAAUUUAUGGAAAUGUGGAGUAAAGCAGUGCAAAACAGUUCGGACAAAUCUUUAUAUAUCAAUACACAAAUAUUAAAUGAAAUUGUAUUGUUGUGUGAAAAGGCAGCUGAAGAAAAAUAUCCAUUUUCAAUGCAUGAAAAGACUUUCAAAGCUAUACAUAAAGUUUCAGCUUUGUUUCAACUAUUUCAAAAACCUAUCAUGAAUGUACGAUUGAUGACAGCAUGUCACGUAUUUCUGUCUGAUUGCAAUGAAACAGAAGAAACUAUCGUUACGUUGUGGAAUAAUUGUUCUGUGCUUUGUGAGCUUGGUUUCGGUUAUCUAGCACUUCGGCAAGUAAAGCUAGCGGAAAAAUAUUCAAAAUUGGCUUCGGUUGCGUUUAACAAAUACAUUGAUUAUAUUGAUGGAUGUAGUGAUUCUGAAACAGGUUCAAAGGCGCGUAACACGCUGUUUACAAAAUUUAAAAUUUUGCUCGCUGAAAUCAACUGUGCUCUCGGUAAUGAUGUAGAAGCACAAGAAGUUAUAGACGGUUGUAUGAAGGAAGAUUUUUUAAGCUUGGAAGUUAUUCAAAGAUCAAUUACUGCUUUAUUUUGUUCCGUCCAAGCUAUGAGUUCAAAUUGCAAAAUUUUAGGACCUGAUUCAACUGAAAUGCGAAUUUCUAAACUGCUGGCAACAUCUAGGAGGAUCGCUUCUCUAAAAGUGUCCAUACUUCCAAAUUUACAUACUGUUCAGAGCAAAAGUGGAUCGGAAGAAGGAAUAAUAUUUGAUAUAAAACCAAAUGAAGGUUAUUAUGAUCCAUUUAUACAAUUAAGCGCAAUGAAUUAUUUUUUUGAAAAUUUAUAUAACGUUUCAGAAGCAUAUUUAAUCAUGGGUGAUCCUAAAAUGGCAAAUGGGUAUUGCCAAAUUGGAUUGGUUCAUUCGAAAUAUCUCUGUCUCAAGAAUUGGUAUGCUUCAUUUUGUGUAGUCAAAUUACAAAUUGCGUCUUUAUCUCAGGAUGAGGAAAAUUUUCCUCAGCUUUGUAAAUAUUUUUGUCAAGUAAAUGAAUGCGAAUGCACGUCUGAUAAAAGUGUACUCGAUGAUAGCGUUCUCCAAUGUGAAAACGAUGAUUAUGAUGACAUUGGUAAGGACAUCAAUGAAGUUAGAGACGUUGAGCAUGAUAUGGUUGGAUCUACAGAUGAUGACGCUAUUCAAUUUUCUACUCCUGCACUAGAUAUAGAUUGUUAUCAAAAUCCAACAACUGAUCUCUCUGCUAGUCCUUCUGUCGUGAAACGAAAAAAGUUGAAACUUUUACCGAUGCCGAAAUUAUUUCUGCAAAAGAAAGUGAAGAGUUGUUCAUGCGAACCUCACUUCAAUUUUCAGUCCAUCAAAAUGCAAUUGGACUAUGUCAACACAAUAGCUGAAUAUUACGCAAGAUCAAAUGCAUUAGAAGCAGGAUUUGAAGUUUGUAAAAAGAUUUUCAAAGCAAUUUCCAAUUUGGACACUCGAUCUAAUUUAAUUCCGCUUAUGGACGAUGUCGAAUUAAACGAAUUUUUUUUGCCACAAGUUGCAUCUAGUCAUGUCGUAAAUUCAAAAUUACACUUGCUUAAACUCAACAUUGAGGAAUCUCUAAGCAGUUGCAAUGAAGCAACAAAGUCAUUGGAUUUGGAUAAUUUCACAGACAUUAAUUACUUUAUAAUAAAGUCGAGGAUAAAAUUUCAGCAUUCCUGUAUUGCUGGACCGAAAUCAUCGUCCAAAAAUGUUUCCAUUGAUUCUGCAUUGUUAAAUGCCAUUAUCGACGGACUUUCAAAAUGCCAUAUCUCUUCUACAGAAGAGACCGAGGUACACACUCCUGUAAUGGAAAGAAGAAGAAAGAAAGUACCUACUACUAAAAAAGCAAAACCUGGCUCUGUUCCAGCACGGGCGAAUAGGGCAACUUCAUCCAGAACUAAAAAGAAAGAACCUUCGAAAAAUUUCAAAAUAUUCACAGAAAAAAAUGAAAAAGAAAACAAGCUACCCGUACCGGAGUAUAUUACGUCAAGAAGUCCGUCACCAUGCAGUAAAAACGUUUAUGAAUUUAUGUCCAGCGGUGACGAUAAAAAAACUCCAAAAAAAUCUCUAAAAAAUUCACAAAACAUUAUGCAAGCUCGUAAAGCCGCAACACGAAGGCAUAGAAAACAAUUUGGCAACAUUUAUUCAGAUGAUGAUAAGGAAAGAGUGAGGGGUAGAAUUGGUAAACCCAGUGUUGCCAGAAGUUUUACUAAACCUGGAAAAGGCAAACAAAUUUUAAAUGAAGUUCCUUAUUCUAACUAUUCAACUGGAAUUAUGCUGACUUAUUUAUUAGAUGCAUUGUCAUCUGCGAAUGUGGUUAGUGAUUUUUUGACAAUGAAAUUAUGUGCUCAAGCAAUCUCUGCUUGUCAUCAUGUUUCCGCUAAGGAAAGUGAAAGAGUACAAGAUAUUAUCAAGGCUACUGCGUUCCAUCUCUUUUCAGUUGGCGUUACCACAAGAUCAGCGAUGCAUCUUUAUGCUAAAACAAUCAAAAAUGUGCCAUGUUUGUCUAAAAAGUGUGUGCCUACUUGUACUUGCGUUCACAAAUUAAUGAAGGAGACAAGCCCCGGUCAUGCUUUGAAAUCAUGUACAACAGACAGUGAUGGUUAUAUCAAUAGCAUUACAGAUCUUCUGCCAACGGAUUGGACAAUUUGUGUUAUAUCUCUAUCACAGCAAUCUGGAGGUUCCAAACUUCUACUUUCCAGACUCCGACAUGGCAUUGCUCCAUUACAUAUUCAAACUGAUGGAACUUAUUUAGAAGAGAUCUUGGAAAAAUUCAGUGAUUUAAUGGUAAGAAAUACUGCUGCAUUGAAAUCAAGGGAUAGAAAUUAUUGGUGGACACAAAGACGUAACUUUAAUACUGAACUUGGAAGCAUCCUUGAUACAUUGGGUACCAAAGCUCUUGGCUGUAACAUCGGAAUUUUAUGUGGCAAGCUGGUGGAUGAAGCAGUAGCAAAUAAAUUUUAUGAUACCGUUAACGAUAUUAUAGAAAAAUUCAAUGUUCCAAAAUACAAAGAACAGAAUAUUGAAGUGUUACUAAACUCUUGGGGCUUCUUGACAGCCGAACAAAAAUUACAAGGCAUUAUUGAUGUGUGUGGAAAUACAACUACCACAAAAAACAUCUCAGCGAUUUCUAGUGCACUAGAAACAUCAUCAAGUGACUUAGAUCUAAACAAUCAAUCCAGGCAUCAUGUUAUACUAAUACUAGAUAAGGAUGUCCAACUUUUGCCAUGGGAGGUCACAGUUCAACUCCAGGGUGAGUCGGUAACCAGAUUACCAUCCGCAGAUCUGUUGAAGCUCCAACUACACCUGUUAAAUUCUGCUGAAAACAAUGUUGCAAAAAAAGGUGUGAAUUUAAAAGAUGUUUCUUAUAUUUUAAACCCAAAUGGGGAUUUAGUAAAAUCAGAAGAACGAUAUAAAGAUUGGUUUCAGGGUAUGAAAUCAUGGAAGGGAAUUGUAUCACGAGAACCUCGACAAAAAGAAUGGAUUUCAAGUAUCACAGAAUUUGAUCUUUUCAUUUUUUGUGGACACGGAUCAGGGACAAAGUACGUUUCUAGCACAGAUUUUCGCAACAUAAAAACAAGAGCUGCUGCAUUACUGAUGGGUUGUGGAAGCGCAAAAUUAGACCAACCAGGUGUUUUUGAGCCUGGAGGUAUUGUCAUAAAUUAUCUUAUGACGGGAUCGCCGUGUAUCCUAGGAUGUCUUUGGAAGGUCACCGAUAAGGACAUCGACAUGUUUUUGUGUAAACUAUUGGAAAAUUGGGCAGAUGGUAAAAAAGAAAUGAUGCCACGAUGCACAGAUAAAGCUCGGAAAGCCUUGAAAAUGCCUCACAUCAAUGGAGCUGCUUGUGUUAUUUAUGGACUUCCUAUUCACUGCCAACUUACGAUAGCAAAGUUUUUAAAAAGUAUUCCCAAAGAAUUCUUAAGUUCAUCUUGAAGCUUAGAGACUCUUGUAAAACACUGACAAUUUAAUGUUUCUGAUAUCAAAUAGCAGUUUUAUAGCAUAAUUUCUUGUGAUAUUGUAUUGAAUGGAUUAUGAAAUUAAUUUCACCAAUGGUAUAUUUUAAUCUUUUUUAAAGUGAAAGACUUGAACUGAAUAUUUCUUGAUAGUUUUAAAUCAUUCUGGCUUGUUUUUCAUUCCUUUUUUAGGGAAAAAACUGUCUUUUUUAUUAGUGUUGAACACGAAAAUUUGUCUUCUCGUACAUGUGUACGAGUUUUGUUUGUACGUGUUGUGUUUGACGCUUUGAGGAUAUAUUCGAUGGGGACAUGAAACCGUUUUUGGAGUGGUAAAAUGAGCGAACCCUAUCUUAUUUUUAGAGCUGUAACCUGUAAGUUUGGCAUGGUUUUUCUGAAAUGAAAAAUAUGUUGUCACUGAGUUCAAUAUAAAAUUUUGAUAUCCCUCAUAUUGAUACCUACUUUAUUCUUUUCUGACUUGUACUUCUAUCUAUUUAUGAAUAUUGAAUCCCUCAUUUGUAAGAACUAACAAAUCUGUUCAUGAUUGCUUCCUCAGUUGUGUAUGUUGCGAGUGUUUUAUAUCAGUUUAUGUGAUUGUAAGGAUCAUAAAAAUUCAUAUUUUCUGUCUUCUUUGUUUAUAAUUGAAUCGCAUUGCCUUUAUCACAUUUCACCAAUAACUGUUGUAGAUCAUCAACCAGGGCUAUUUGGUCAGAGUUUAAAGGGUUUGCAGGUAGGCCAGACUUAUAAUUCGUAAUUCCCCAGAAUUGGAAUUGCAGGCUUUCAAUUGUGAUAAAAAUUGCAACAAUUUCACUGAUAAUACUCAACAAUUGUCUUUUGAAUAAAGCUUGCGUAUGAGUUAAGAGCUGGAAUCGAGUGGAAAUCUUCUGUGUCUAAAUCAAGUUUUUUAUGACCGAGGGUCUCCAGAGCCAUGACACCAACACAAUCAUAACCAAUGUUUAACCCAUGCUGGAUAUGAAAUGCUGCUAUGUUCUUCUCACUGCCUGACCAUUUAUGAUAUUUUAAGUUCAGAAUCUGUUCUUGUUUGAAGUUGAAUUUAUUUAUUUUGCUUGACUUGUGUUUGUGCUCAAGUUGUAUUUGCUGUUUUUGAUUGUAUAUUUUCAAGAAUUAAUGAGAAAUUAUGUAAUAUAUGUGUGUUUCGAUUCUGUGGAAGAAUCAAUCAAUA